UAGUCUUUGGAUGUCAUGGUAGCUAGUCUUACUGCUGUGGCGUUGAUCGGUGCAGUUAUCUCGUACCUAUUCAGCAUAAUUCACCUAUGGCAAAGGGUGUGGAAGUACAAUGCUUUUAAGGAGUGAUGAAACUUAUCGAGCUGUUGGAAUCCGGAGAAGGUGGGAUAAUGCACAGACUUGGGGAUCGAGUAGUGGGCUGAUAAGGAUUGCGUCAGUGGAGGUUGGAGACGCCAUAGGUUAGAGCUAUACUUUCGAUAAUGAAUAACGAAGCUAAAGUUCGCCGAUCAACUACGUCACUCGUCCUAGGGAAGGCGAAGGUGAUGAGCUUUGGGGACAUCGAGGUGGCACGAGCAGCGCGCGCUGCGCAGGAUGUCAUCAAGGGCAAGGGAAAACGUGGUCGGAAAGUUGGAGAUUGGAAGAAGAAGUGAUAGUAGCAUGCUUGAUUGUAGAAGCUGGCUGUCUAGGUGUGCUUAUAUAGACUGCAGCUGCCUACGUAGGCAGCCACACGUGAUCUGGGAUCCAACUCGGAAGCGUAAGAGUGCUGCGCUAGAGCCAGAUGAGCCAGAGCCAGAUGAGUUAGAGGCAGACUUAGAGCCAGAAGUGGCGCGGAUGACCGAUGCGCCAGUGCCAUGGAGGGCACCAGUUGCACAGAUGAUAUGAGACUGUUGCAUGAAAGAAGAAUCUUAGAGAACCGUUUCUCAUUUGCUUUAGUUCGGAUUU